CACAACACAAAGCAGCUGCUGCACCUCCCCGUUCAUCCGUCGAACGGUUGUACAGAUUGUAUUACCAUCAAAAAUGUGCUUUUGCCUACAAAUAUAAUUUGUCUCUGUGUACCUUAAUGUGUGUGCCUUGUAAAAAAGCAAAAAUACAAACCUGGAAUCCAGACACCAUCCUUAACGACUUUUGUAUCGAAUGUGAAUUUGACCGACCUCUGUGUUGUUUGGUGACCACAUUCGAUCGGAACACCGGAAGCUAUGUUUAUCGCCGACCUAAGGAAAGAUUUUUACCAGCAGCUGAUUGGCAAACGAAUUCUGGUGCUGGUCAACUACGAUCUCGAUGCCAUCUGUACGAGCAAGAUUUUGCAGGCAUUGUUCCGCUGUGACAAUGUGAUUUAUUCAAUCGUACCGAUCAUGGGGCUAACUGGCAUGAGGAGAGCCUACAACGAACACAAGGGCGAUGUACGGUACGUUCUGCUGGUAAAUUGUGGUGGUUGCAUCGAUAUCGUGGACGUGCUGCAGCCGGAACAGGAUGUCGUGUUUUUUAUCUGCGAUUCCCACCGACCUUACGAUGUGUGCAAUGUGUAUAGCGAUGGCCAGGUACGCAUCCUGGGUGAGAUGAACAGCAGCGAAAACAUACCCGCCUUCGAUGAUAUCUUUCAAGAUUCGGACAAUGAAAGUAACGACGAGGACGAUGCCGGUUACGACGAUGACAAUGCGGGAAGCGAUAGUGAUGAAGGAACAAAACCCAACGGUGGAGGAAACAAUCGUAUCCAACGCAUCGAGCAACGGUUGCUACGUCGCCGGGAAAGAAAAGCAUGGCAAGAGCGACGGAUAACGCUAAUGUUUGAAUACUCACAGUACGCCUACUAUGGUCCAAGCUCAGCGCUCAGCAUAUUCGAGUUAGCAUGGCGCAUGUCGAAAGAUUCGCUCGAUCUGCUCUGGUGGGCGAUCGUAGGAGUGACCGAGCAAAAACUGCUCGGCAAAGUGGAAAGCUCGUCGUACACACUGCUGAUCGAAAAGAUCCAAUCGCACGUCUCACGCCUAACAAACAAAGCGAGCGAUCAAGCGAUCCAGACGUCGGUGAAGAUCGUAUUCGAAAGUGAUCUUCAGCUGGCACUGUUCCGACACUGGAGCGUGCUGGAUUCGCUACGCUACUCGUACUAUCCCGCCUGCCGGUUAAAGCUUUGGACCCACAGGGGUGACAAGCAGAUGAACGAGCUGCUGGUAGACAUGGGACUGCCGCUGGUACAGGCAAAGCAAACCUUCAACGCGAUGGAUCUGGUGUUGCGCAAAGAGUUCUACGAAAAGAUAGAAAAGUUCGCCUCGAAGUACAACAUGCCGGACGUGACGUAUGCUUCGUUCGUGUUGCAGUACGGCUAUCGUAACCGAUACUCCGCGGCUGAUUACGUUUACUCGAUGCUGGCCAUACUGGAAUCGGUACGGCAGGAUCGGUUACCGGAGGCUUGCUUCCUCCAGUCGAUGGAUGCACUAUCGCGCGCGAAAAAGGCAAUUCUCGACGAGGGUAUCGAAAUGUGUAAAACACUGCUAACGACCAUUUUCAAGCAGGUUCAAACCUGCUUGGAACUGCAUCAGAUUCGUUCGGCCGGUCCAUUUUUGUAUCUGGUGCUGCAGGAAGAGGUGUCUUUUUUUAGCUGCCCGUAUGGUUUGAUGCUACUGGCAAGGUUCUUGCUACGAGCACACGUAGCCGUAUCGCGCAACCGUCGCGCGCAGGAGCUGCCACUGAUUGCCGUCGCACCAAUCGAUCUGCAGAGCGGCAUUUCGCUACUGGCCGGUGUGCCACCCGCUUGUGAAGACAGUCGACACUUUUUCGCGAAAGCGUUCGAAGAGGCGGGCAACCGGAGUGGAGCGAUAAUCUCGCAGGACUUUUUUGAGACGGCCGUCAUACAGAUAAAGCAGUCCGAUUGUACCAAGUUUCUCGAUGCGCUCACCGUUAUGUUAAGCUGAUAGGGCAAGCUUUGUUAGGAAAUUUUAGCCUUAAAACUGUCACGCAUCUCCGCCCUUGAAACAUCCAACCGUAACAUACAGCCCCAUGGUCCGGUUGUGUUGAUUUAGUACGUUUUGUUAGAACUUAGAAUGUGUGUGUGUGCUUGUUUAAGGUCGAUAUCAAUUUAUAUUAAAUGUCUAGACCAUAAGAUAGUUUUCCUUUCCGGUUUCUGUGUCAUCAAUUAAUUACGCGACAAAUAGUGUUGCUCCGCAGCAGGGCAUGAUUUUAAUGUACUUCGACAUAGACUUACCUACCCUGAAUGACGAUAGAAACGUGAAAUGAGAUGUGGAAACAAUUCGUUAACAAAACCUUUGAUAAAUUAUUGCCGGUUGGGGGGGCGUGAUUGAACGAAUGUUAGGUUAAGAUACAACGCCUUAUCAUUACGAAAAUAUAUAUUUACCUGUAACAACACAACUGUGUCAUCAGUCAGAAGUAACGGCUACCGGAAUAAAAAAAAAUACAAAUUCAAAA